AUGAGGGUGGUGAGUGCGUUAAUGGUGGCUCGGAUGUUGACGCGGGACCACUCGCUCCCGAUGCUUGGCAACGAAAGCAUACCCUUCGGAUCGGUUUGGUGGUUCAUCUACGCCGGAAUCUCAUGUUUGCUCGUCCUCUUCGCCGGCAUUAUGUCCGGUCUUACCCUCGGUCUCAUGUCUCUUGGUCUCGUUGACCUCGAGAUUCUCGAGCGAAGCGGUUCUCCUGCUGAGAAAGCGCAAGCUGCUGUUAUACUUCCCGUGGUGAAAAAACAACACCAGCUUCUUGUCACUCUGCUUCUCUGUAAUGCUGUUGCCAUGGAGGCUCUGCCGUUAUACCUAGAUAAACUAUUCAAUCAGUUUGUUGCUAUCAUUCUCUCUGUAACUUUCGUUCUGUUUUUUGGGGAGGUUAUUCCGCAAGCAAUUUGUAGUAGAUACGGUCUUGCUGUAGGUGCCAACUUUGCAUGGCUAGUUCGGAUUUUGAUGAUUAUCUGUUACCCAGUUUCUUAUCCUGUUGGAAAGGUUCUGGAUUACCUUUUGGGGCAUAAUGAGGCUUUAUUUAGGCGAGCUCAGUUGAAAGCCCUUGUUUCCAUUCACAGCCAGGAGGCUGGGAAAGGUGGUGAGCUUACACAUGACGAAACAACAAUUAUCAGUGGAGCACUUGAUUUGACUGAAAAGACUGCUGAGGAGGCUAUGACUCCUAUCGAAUCAACAUUUUCUUUGGAUGUUAAUUCAAAAUUGGAUUGGGAAGCAAUGGGAAAAAUUCUUGCUCGCGGGCACAGCCGAGUUCCUGUCUAUUCUGGAAAUCCAAAGAAUAUUAUUGGACUUCUACUGGUCAAAAGUCUUCUUACUGUAAGACCAGAAACAGAGACACCUGUCAGUGCCGUAUCCAUCCGGAGAAUUCCACGGGUUCCAUCAGAUAUGCCUCUCUAUGAUAUACUUAACGAGUUCCAAAAGGGCAGUAGUCAUAUGGCUGCUGUUGUUAAGGCCAGGGUAAAAGGCAAAGAAACUCCACAAAUAAUUGAUGAGGAGAAAAAUGAAGAAAACAAAAGCACUGAUGGGGAUUCACAGUUGACCGCUCCAUUGCUACCGAAGCAGGAUGCAAAAUCAGGAGGUGUUGUUGUUGACAUUGUCAUGCCUUCAAAGCAUUCCAGCAAUAAUAAACUGUCUGGUUUUCAACGUAAUGAUGGCAGCACAAAUGGUCUCGCUUCAGAAAAUAUUGAAGAUGGUGAAGUGAUUGGCAUUAUCACUUUGGAAGAUGUAUUUGAAGAGCUUCUGCAAGAGGAAAUUGUUGAUGAGACAGAUGAAUAUGUUGAUGUUCAUAAGAGAAUACGUGUUGCUGCAGCUGCAGCUGCUUCCUCAGUGGCCCGAGCUCCAUCAUCACGAAGGUUGACUAAGGGAGCAGGAAUCCAAGGUAAGCCUGGGCAAACUCCGAGGAAAUCUGGGGAGGAAAAUGGAUUGAAUUGGACAAAGCAAUGGGGAAAUCCGAGUUAGCAUGUCAGGAUAAUGAACCUCUAAAACUGAGGGCGUUUGUGUGAGCAACAUGAUGAGAAAGAGGCCCACGAGUUCUGUAGUCAUAUGUCAUUGUGUCGUAUAAAUUGAUAGCUUUCCUUUUGGAAGGGCUUAGACGGAUAUAUUGCUAUUAUAUAGUACAGGAUUAUUAAAUCUGGUGCUUCGUACUUA